GCGGAGGAUUUGCUAUAAAGCGACUCUGUGGCUGGUUUAAAGGGCAGAGUUGUAAAAACUCCCGGGCAGUCGGGGAGUCAGGGUGCUUGAAGCAAACUGGCCCAUCAGAGAACGAAAAAGCGAGGAAAAACAAAAAAAAACAUCAAACAACAAACGCAGUAACUGUACGCUGUAACUGGAAUAAUCAUUUGUUUCUACAGAGAUUAGGUCGAGCUCAUUGCGGAAGCCAGUGAAGUAACUACAUCCGGAAUCUACAGCUGAAGCCUGCUCGUGCAUGAUAGAGAAGACUUCCCUGUGGACUGAGAAAUCUGUUACCAGCAGCCAGCGUCCUGUUUGCCCAAACUGAUCACUUACUGCCUAGGAGGUUUUUGCAACGCUCGGCUUGAGCAGCUCUCGAAGGCACACGCACUUGCAACUGUGAAGCAGCUAUGCAGCUUGAAAUCCAAGUAGCACUCAACUUCAUCAUAUCCUAUCUGUACAACAAACUCCCUCGUCGUCGGGUGAACAUCUUCGGCGAGGAGCUCGAACGGCAGUUGAAAAAGAAAUAUGAAGGUCACUGGUACCCUGACAAGCCAUACAAAGGGUCUGGGUUCAGGUGCAUACACGUCGGGGAGAAGGUUGACACGGUAGUGGAAGAAGCAGCCAAAGAGAGCGGGAUCGACAUCGAAGACGUCCGGAACAACUUGCCUCAGGACCUCAGUGUGUGGAUCGACCCGUUUGAGGUCUCCUACCAGAUCGGGGAGAAGGGACCCAUCAAGGUGCUUUACGUGGACGAUAACGGCGAGAAUGGGUCAGAGUUGGACAAGGAGAUCAGGAACAGUUUUAACCCCGAUGCUCAGGUCUUCAUGCCAAUCAGCGAUCCUGUGGGUGUCUCCUCUGAGUCUAGCUCCCCGUCGCCACCGUUUGGCCAGUCUGCUUCUGUCAGCCCCUCGUUCAUGCCACGCUCCACUCAACCUUUAACUUUCACCACAGCCACUUUCGCCGCCACCAAGUUCGGCUCCACCAAAAUGAAGAACAGCAGCCGCGGUGGUAGCAAGGUGGCACGCACAUCUCCCACCAACCUGGGCCUGAAUGUGACCAGCCUACUGAAGCAUAAAGCCAUUUCCAAUUCCAUGCAUUCUCUCUAUGGUCUUGGUCUUGGAGGGCAGCCGCAGCCGAAGGCCUCUGCGCUCUCUCCUAAUGCCAAGGAGUUCGUUUUCCCUAACCUCCAGAGCCAGGGCAGCUCCACCACGAUGUUCAACAACGAGAAUCCGCUCAGCCUCAGCCCUCUGCAGUACAACAAUGCCUUCGAUGUGUUUGCAGCCUACGGGAGCCUCAACGACAAGUCUCUCAUGGAUGGUCUAAACUUCAGCCUAAGCAACAUGCAGUAUUCUAACCAGCAAUUCCAGCCAGUCAUGGCUAACUAAUGAAUCCAGAAUUUAUUUAUGAAUUAUUGUUGGCAAAAUGAAGGAGAUAAAAUGACGCACACUAACAAAGGACAUAAAAAGAACUGUGGAAGUGGAAGCAAAAAAAAAAAAAAAUCCUAUUAGUCACAGAAAAGAGCAUGUGCCCAAGGGUGUUGUCUUUCUGUGCCCCCUUGAGUUUGUUUCUACUAAAAGCUUGUUGUAUGUGUCCAAGCUUGGUUACUUUCACAUCAUUUUCAGUUUUCCUAUUUUUGCCAACAAAGCACAAAAUUUUUUACUGUUUUAAAAAAUGUUCUAAAAUAUAUAUUAAAAAAAAAAUAGCUUCAAGUUCUGGCCUCCUACAGUAUUUUCAAGUUGGUUAAGACUUGGCUGAUUUUUAAGAAAUUGGCACUAAUGAAUAUAUAUCUGGGGUUACUUGGUCUUUUUUUCUAAUUGUAUAAUUUAAUUGAGUACAGAGUUUGUAAAGUAUCAGAGUAUAUAUAUUGUUUCUAUGACACGGUAUUGCAUUUAUAUCUUUUUACUACUCCAGUGAUCUGUGAUGGCUGCAGCAGCUUUAUGUUAUAUAUUUUUGUUUUUUUUUUU